GGAACUAGCAUCAGAACACUAACUAUCGUAUUAGCCGAACGUCGCGGCGUGUGCGCCGCUCAGUCACCGCGGAUCGGUAGUCAAAUAUGUUGUAGAGGUUUGCGGAUAACACUUAAGUGCAAAGUGAUGGUUGGUUGUGAAUUUUCUUAAUAAAUAUAAGAGACAGGGAAACAAACAUGGCCGUCUUCGAUAAAAAUAACGAGAAGGAUCUUAAUAAUUAUGACUUAAGUAAAACAAAUGUGAUUAAAAAUAGUUUUAGCAAUGAAAAGACAGAGAAAGUACAAAGUCAGAAAUCAGAACUAUAUGAUGCGGAUAAUUGGAAAAAGAUGAACAUAUUUCAAAAGAUAAAACGUAUGCUAUCACUGAUCACAGUGGAGCCAAUUCUGGCGUGUUAUGUUAUGCCUUCCGUCCUUUCUGCCCUAGCGACACAAAACCUUUAUUUAGAAAAGGCUUGUCGAGUAAAUUUAAGAUAUGAGCACCAUGUGUGUGAUGCGUUAACACGUAGAGAUACCGCAAAUUAUACUCUCGAAGAAGAAGCUGUUCAGACCCUGGUUGCCUCUGUGGCUGGUUGGAAAACAGUUCUCCAGUCGUUUUUACCAUGUGGAAUCUUAAUAUUUCUUGGAGCAUACAGCGAUAGAGUUGGGCAAAGAAAAUUCUGCAUGAUUUUACCGAUUAUUGGAGAAUUCCUGACGAGUGUUGGAUUGAUUGUGAAUACGUAUUUUUUCUAUGAGUUGCCUGUGGAAGUGGCGGCAGUGACAGAGGCUAUAUUUCCUGCGUUGACUGGAGGCUGGUUCACCAUGUUCAUGGGAGUGUUCAGUUACAUAGCGGAUGUUACUACAGAAGAACAAAGAACAUUGCGGAUUGGAAUAGUGAAUCUGUUUUAUUCAUUAGGAGUGCCAGUUGGUGCGGCUUUAAGUGGGAUAUUAGUGAGAAAGAUAGGUUUAUACGGUGUUUUUUCUUUAAGUGCAUCUUUGUACCUGAUUAGUUUUUUCUACGGCUUGUAUAGGAUCAAGGAAGUUAAGAAGACCACUACAACUAAAAACAGCAGUUGCUGCGAGUGGCUGCGACUAUUCUUUGACAUUCACCUCGUCAAAGAGACGCUGAUGGUGGCCUUUAAGCAGGGCCCCAACAACCGAAGGCUGAGAGUCAUCAUGCUUGUCAUAGUGCUGUGUGUCGUCAUUGGUCCUAUCUACGGUGAGAUGUCUGUGAUGUACCUGUUUACAAGAUACCGCUUCAAUUGGAACGAGGUCGACUUCAGCAUGUUUUCCACUUAUGCUAUGUGUACUUCAUUAGUAGGAACACUGUUCUCAGUUGGAGUGUUCAGCCAUCACUUAAAAUUUGACGACGCCAUUAUUGGAGUGAUAUCUUGCACUAGCAAAAUCUUAUCUGGAUUCAUGUAUGCGUUUGCUACCAAAACAUGGCAUAUUUACAUAGCUCCUUUGAUCGAGAUUUUCAACGGCACUUCUUUCAUUGCAAUGAGAUCAAUGGUAUCCAAAUUAGUCGACAAGGAUGAACUAGGCAAGGUGAAUUCUUUUUUCGGUCUGGCUGAGGCUAUGAUGCCAUUGGUAUACGCUCCCAUGUAUACCACAGUAUACACUGCCACCAUCAAGACUUUCCCAGGAGCAUUUUUCCUUCUAGGUGGAGGUCUUACAGUACCCGCGGUGGUUAUAUUCUUAUGGCUGUAUCUGGCUAACAAGAAACAUGGAACACCUACGUACAACUCAAAAGAAAAUGAGGAUGGGGUUAAAUCAGAAAAUAAACCUGAGAAAACUGGCGCAGAAAAUAAGGCUUUCCAGGAAGAUGAGAAAGUUGUGUCAGAAAAGGACGGAACACCUCAAACUCAGCAAAACACAAAGGAAAACGAUGAUGUUAAACAAUCUCAAAUUGAAAUGGGGUUCACUGAAAGUAUGAUGUGUACGAGUAAAUUGUAGGACUUAAUCUAUAGGAUUAAAAACUCUGGAGGUAAUGUCUGGCUGUAGCGAUUGACUUUGAAUGCGAUAAAAUGACCAUUCAUGUAAAGUUUAUAGAGUCUACUAACGGCCUUUCCGCUGGGCCAUUUUGAUACAUAUACAAUACAAUCGUUUGCUACUUAAGUAGUUAUUACUUGAUAGGUCAACCAUUUCAAUAACAUAGCAGACUAUAAUAUGUUAUUAAAUUAUGUAUAAAUGUUUUCUGUUAAUGUGGUAUGAAAAAUGUUUUUCUUUCUAUCAUUUUCACGUAAUACUUUGGCGUAGCUUCGUUAAUAGAAAAUAUGAAAGGGUAAUCUAUUGAAAAUGUAGGUCCUUUGUGUGUAGGUACACAGGUUUAGUAAGGUUAUAGGUUAUCUUUGAUCCCAGUUAUUUUGUUAUUAUAGUCAACUACAACCAGUUAUUAGUACCUCCGAUGACAUAAAUAGAUGUGAUAUUUAGUUAAGGUUUAGGUUAUAACCCGGCAGAAGUGAUAAAUUUAUUUUGUUUUCUAUGCGACAUAAUUUUAAUAAUAGUCUAUAAAGUAAAUAAUAAAAAGGUAUUUUAUUAUUUACUUUAUAGACUAUUAUUAAAAUUAUGUUUUUUACGGUUCAAUAACUGAUCGAAUAUUCUAGUGGUAUAUUGUAAACCCAAGAAGUGCUGGCUUGAUGUCGUCAAGCAUAAUAUGCGUGCCAAUGGUCUGCCAUGUGAGGUGGAGGAAAAAAGUAGUAAAGGAAAUUCUGGGUUUUAACGCUCUGUGACUACAGAUGCAACCGAGAAAAAUAUAAGUAGUGUUUCAAGAGCAAGUAUAUCAAUUAUUAGAAAUAUCGACAAAAAAUUAUGUGAUGUUAGUAACCAUUAGGUACUUAAGUUAAAAAAAACAGUAGAUUCUAAUUACAUGUGUACUUAUAAGUAUAAAAAUAAAUUUGUGAAUAUUUUAGUUUUAACAUAUCUAUUAUAAAUAAAAAUAUAAUGACAGUUUAAAA